AUGCUGCCGUUCAUUUACCUGUUUCUUCUCUUCAUUUUGGGCCUUCUGAUUGUCCAGUUUGUCAAAUUGCAAGGGAUAAGAAAACAGCUCCCUCCCGGACCGGCUCCUCUACCUUUUCUGGGAUGCUUAUGGCAGCUGAAUUUCUUCCAAUUAAACCGUGAUAUUCUGACCAAGUUUGCCAAAUCCUAUGGGGACAUCUAUACAUUAUGGAUUGGGUCAAGCCCUGUGAUUAUACUGAAUGGAUUCCAAGCAGUGAAGGAUGGUCUCACCACCCACCCAGAAGAUGUUGCGGGACGGCCAGUGCCCCCAUUCUUUAGAGCUCUGGCAAAUAAUAAGGGGAUUUUGCUGUCCACUGGCAACACGUGGAAACACCAGAGGCGGUUUUCCUUGAUGACUCUGAAGAGCUUGGGUCUGGGGAAGAGAAGUAUGGAGUAUCAGAUACAAGAGGAGGCUCACCACCUGGUGGAAACCUUCCGAGAAACCAAAGGAAAACCCAUGAAUCCUUCUUUUGCACUCAGCCUUGCUGUUUCAAAUGUGAUUUGUGCUGUGGUCUUUGGGCAUCGCUUCUCCACGAAGGAUGAGACUUUUCAUCAACUGCUGGAAGCCAUGGAUCCUAUAUUUAAAAUCGGUGGCAGUGCCACACAAGUUAUGUAUGAUGUUUUCCCUUGGUUGAUGCGUCAUCUGCCAGGACCCCACCAAAAGGCCUUGUCUGCCCGGGACUUUGUGUGUUCAUUCAUAAAAAAGGAGAUCGCUAAACACCAGGAUGCAGGGGUUCCGGAUGACCCUCAAGACUUCAUUGAUUUUUACCUGGCUCAAAUGGAGAAAACCAAAGACCAGCCCAAACCAGCCUAUGACGAAAAUAAUAUGAUCCAGAGUAUAUUUGACCUUUUCUUGGGUGGGACCGAGACGUCCAGUACCACCCUCUGUUGGGCAUUGCUCUAUAUGGUGCUUUAUCCGGACCACCAAGCAAAAGUCCAGAAGGAGAUAGACACGGCUCUGGUUCCUAGACAAACGAUCUGCUAUGAGGAUCGGAAGAAGCUGCCUUUCACAAAUGCUGUGAUUCAUGAGGCGCAACGCUUCAGCAACAUUAUCGCUGUGGGCUUGCCCAGGUUAUGCGUGAAGGACACAACGAUCCGUCAGUAUCAUCUUAAAAGGGGCAGCGUCAUCUUUCCAAACAUGGCUUCUGCACUCCACGAUCCAAACGAAUGGGAGAGCCCUCUGCUGUUCAAUCCACAUCACUUCCUUGACAAGGAUGGCCAUUUCAUCUGCCCAGAAGCCUUCAUACCAUUUUCUUUAGGGCAUCGUGUGUGUUUAGGAGAAAAUCUGGCCAAGACAGAGAUGUUCCUUUUCUUUGCCAACUUGCUGCAGACGUUCACAUUCCACUUGGCGGAAGGGACAAAAGAUAUAAGCCUGGAACCGGUCCAGGGAGGAACCCUGCAGCCUCACUACUUUGAAAUCUGUGCAAUUCCUCGAUAGGUCCCAGCUGGUGUGUGUCUUUGUGUGGCUUGAGUUUGGACAGCAAACUGCUCUUCCAACAUGAGGUUGGGCAGCUUCUUCAGAAUCUGGAGACUCAAAACUUUCAUCCACAGGUGAAGAAUACAUUGGUAGACCUAAAGACAGCAAGAAGAAGUCGACACAGAGACCAAUAAUUUUUACAAACACAGUCUGAAUGUGGUACCCGGGAUAUG